AUGGCUGCCCAGGAUGAACUCAAUCAACUGGAACGUGUGUUCCUUCGCCUGGGCCAUGCAGAGACAGAUGAACAGCUACAGGACAUUAUCUCCAAGUUCCUACCCCCUGUGCUUCUCAAACUCUCCAGCGUUCAGGAGGGUGUGCGAAAGAAAGUCAUGGAGUUGUUGGUCCACCUGAACAAGAGGAUAAAAAGCAGACCUAAGAUUCAGCUACCAGUGGAAACUUUGCUGGUGCAGUACCAAGACCCUGCAGCUGCUUCCUUUGUUACAAAUUUCACCAUCAUCUACAUCAAAAUGGGCUACCCACGUCUGGAGGUGGGAAAACAGUGUGAGCUGGCCCCCACCCUUCUCACUGCCAUGGAAGGCAAGCCCCAGCCACAGCAGGACAGCCUGAUGCACCUGCUGAUCCCUACUCUUUACCAUAUGAAGUAUCCUGCAGACACCUCCAAGAAUGCUUGUCCAUUUAACCUAACUGAGAGGCCAAAGACAGUGCAGCUCCUGCUGGAGUUCAUGUUAGAUGUUUUACUGAUGCCUUACGGGUUUGUGCUGAACGAAUCCCCGACUCGCCCUGCUCCUUCCUCCUCCCAGGGAAGUUCUGCAGAGGGGACAGUGGCUGCAGGUGGCCAGGGUCUCCCCCAGCCUCCCCCAGGGAUGAGUGUCUAUGCUGCCAAGAGGGUGAUUGGAGAGGCCCAGUGGAGUGCUGAGCAGCUAGAGCAGUGUAAGCUGGGCAUAGUGAAGUUCAUCGAGGCAAAGCAAGUCCCAGAGGUGGAGACCGUGGUGCACCUGGUGGUGGCGUCGAGUGACACCCGACACAGUGUGGCCACCGCAGCUGAUCUGGAGCUGAAGAGCAAACAGAGCAUCAUCGACUGGAACAAUCCUCUAAUUAUCAACAAGAUGUACAAGGUGUAUCUGGGGGAUGUUCCUCUUAAAACAAAGGGUGGCAAUAUGAAGCAAGAGCUGAAACACGAGCCAGUGAGCACAAGAGUCAAACUGAAGAUCCUGCCACAUCUUCUGCGGUCACGUCUAGCUGCAGAGUGCUUUCCAGCCAAUAUCCAGGUUGUCUAUGAUGGUCUGUUUGGAGCAAACACCAACAACAAACUGCUGUCUCUCACCUUGCAGUUUGUCCAUCACAUCUGCAUGGUAUGUCCUGACACUAAUAAACCUUUGGGACUAAUGCUGCUUAAUGGUCUUACCAAGCUCAUCAAUGAAUACAAGGAGGAUCCGAAGUUGCUAUGUGUUGCCUACUCUGCUGUUGGAAAGCUGUCAAGCCGCAUGCCACAGCUGUUCACAAAGGAUAUUGCACUCGUACAGCAGUUUUUUGAGUCCAUGUGUAAGGAGGAACCUGAUGUCCGCCUUGCCAUCCAGGAAGCUUUGUCUAUGAUGGUUGGAGCUUAUGCCAACCUACAGGGGGCACUGCUGAACCUGAUGGAAGCCCUGGUGGCUGCAUACAUUGGAAAGCCGGAGGUGCAAGUUCGCCAGGUGGCCAUGAAGUUUGCCAGCACAGUGUUUGCUCCGGAUCACGUGCCAUCAAGAUACUUGCUGCUAUUGGCAGCUGGAGACCCGAGGGAGGAGGUGUCUGCGGAGGCCCAGAGGGUGCUGAGAGCUUUUCCUACCAAGAUCUCUGAGAAGGAGGGACCAAAGCCAAUGCCAUCCUUUCCUGACAUGGUGGCCUAUGUCCAGGAGAAGGCGGCUCAGAGGAUCAAGACUCCAGCUAAGUACAUCGUUGGAACUUCUACUAUUCCUUUCAACCCAUCUGCAUUUGGGGAGAUUGUGCUCUACCUGAGGAUGUGUUUAGCCUACAGCGCCGGGGCCACGCCCAUGUCCAUACGUCUGCCAGACAUGCAGGAUGAUGCACCAGCCAUUGGCCGCUAUGUCCACACACUGCUGUCAUCUGAGCAUCAACCUCCAGUGUCAAAGGGUUCCGAGGCAAACCCUGUUCAUGUCUACAUGGACCUGCUGCAGCAGCUGCUGUCGGCUGUAGGGGGAAUCCCAGUUAUGUACUGUCUGCUGGAGAUGGUGUCUGUCUGCCCAGAGAAACUGGCUCCCAGAUUUGUUGAUAAAAUUGACUGGAUCAAAAGUCUGAUGAACACAAAUAAGGAGGACAUGAGGGAGCUUGCAGCCCAGUUGUAUGCGUUGGUGAUUUCCACCAUGACUGGCAACGAGCUGCAGAUGGCUGUGCACAACCUGGUCAAAAUCACCAAAGACAAUCAUAGUCCUGAGACUCAGCAUGGCGCCAUCUUGGCUCUUGGCUAUAUGGUGGGAAGGUACAUGAGUAGGAAGAAGGCUGUCACCUCCAGGGACUCUACGCAUGACAUGGGGCAGCCAAUGAACAUCACCUCCGAAGGUGAUGAUGAACUUGUUGCCAUGGCCACCAAGACGAUUGGUUCCUUCCUGGACAGCAGUAGUGCACUGCUGGCUGUAGCAGCGUGCACCGCUCUGGGAGAAAUUGGGCGGAACGGCACCCUGCUAAUCCCCGCAGAGGGAGAGGGCUUCACCAAACUGUCAACCGUGGAAAACCUGCUGGCUCGUAUCCCCUCUGGCAAGGAAAGCACAAAGAUGAAGGAGCGAUCAAUCCAGACCUUGGGUUACCUUCCUGUGGGUGAUGGAGACUUCCCUCAUCAGAAGAAGCUGCUGCAGGGCCUAAUGGACUCUGUAGAGGCCAAGCAGGUGGAGCUGCAGUUUACAGUUGGAGAGGCUAUAACCAGUGCUGCAAUAGGCACCAGCUCUGGAGCUGCCAGAGAUCCAUGGACCUGCACUGAGGACCAGUACAGCCCGCCACACAAUAUGAAAAACAAUGACGUAGUUCUGUGGGUCCUUAACUCCAUCCUGUCCAAGUAUAUACCCAGCCAGAACCCCCAUGUCCGACAGGCAGCCUGCAUAUGGCUGCUCUCCCUGGUCAAGAAACUUAGUCAACACAAGGAAAUCACGUCCCAUUUGAAGGAGAUUCAGGUGGCGUUCAUCUCUGUUCUCUCAGACCCUGAUGAGUUGAGUCAGGAUGUAGCGUCUAAAGGCCUGGGACUUGUGUAUGAGAUGGGAGGAGAGGGUGACCAACAGAAACUGGUGUCCACCCUGGUGGAAACACUCAUGACUGGCAAAAGAGUAAAACAUGCUGUUUCAGAAGAUACAGAGGUGUUCCAGGGAGAAGGUCUGGGUAAAACACCUGAUGGUCACGGCCUGACCACAUACAAGGAGCUCUGCUCAUUGGCUAGCGACCUGAACCAACCAGAUCUGGUCUACAAGUUCAUGAACUUGGCCAAUCAUCAUGCUAUGUGGAACUCCCGCAAGGGAGCAGCUUUUGGUUUCCACAUGAUCGCAGCCAAGGCCGGUGAGCAGCUGGCUCCAUUCCUGCCCCAGCUCGUGCCCCGUCUGUACCGCUACCAGUUUGACCCCAACCUUAGCAUUCGCCAGGCCAUGACCAGCAUCUGGGAUGCCUUGGUCACUGAUAAGACCCUGGUGGAUAAGUAUCUUAAGGAGAUCCUGCAGGAUGUCAUUUCCAACUUGACCAGUAACACCUGGAGAGUGCGUGAGUCCAGCUGCCUGGCUCUGAAUGACCUGAUUCGUGGCCGCCAAGCUGAUGACCUCAUUGAUCACCUGGCAGAAAUAUGGGAGACACUCUUCAGAGUCCUUGAUGACAUCAAGGAAUCUGUGAGGAAAGCUGCAGACCUGACACUGAAGACGCUCAGUAAGGUGUGUACUCGAAUGUGCGAGUCUACAGGCUCUGCAGCCCAGAGAACUGUGGCGGUGAUGUUACCAACCCUGCUGGAAAAAGGCAUCGUUAGCAAUGUAUCAGAGGUCCGCGCACUAAGUAUCCAGACCCUGGUGAAGAUCAGUAAGACAGCCGGGGCCAGAUUAAAGCCUCAUGCUUCCCGGUUGAUCCCAGCCCUGCUGGAGGCCCUCAGCACCCUGGAGCCUCAGGUCCUCAACUACCUCAGUCUCAGAGCCACAGAGCAGGAAAAGAGUGCCAUGGAUGCCGCCAGGCUGAGUGCUGCCAAGUCCUCUCCAAUGAUGGAGACCAUUAACAUGUGUCUGCAGCACCUCGAUGUUUCUGUGCUGGGCGAGCUGGUUCCCAGACUCUGUGAGCUGCUCAAGAGUGGAGUUGGCUUGGGCACCAAGGGUGGCUGUGCUAGUGUAAUUGUUUCACUCACAGUGCAGUGCCCCCAGGACCUCACCCCAUACUCAGGUAAACUGAUGAGUGCCCUGUUGAGCGGUAUCCAUGACAGAAGCACCGUAGUACAGAAACAAUUUGCCUUUGCUUUGGGACACCUAGUCAGGACAGCAAAAGACAGCAGUGUAGAGAAACUACUACUGAAGCUCAACAGCUGGUACCUGGAGAAAGAAGAACUUGUGUACAAGUCGUCAUGUGCGCUGACUGUGCACGCCAUCAGCCACUACAGUCCUGAUGUGCUGAAGAGCCAUGCAGGAGUGGCUCUGCCGCUGGCCUUCCUGGGCAUGCAUCAGGCGGCAGGUCCGGAUGAGGAGAAAGGGGAGGGCCACGAUGCCACGCUGUGGGCCGAGGUGUGGCAGGAGAACGUCCCAGGAAGCUUUGGAGGCAUCAGACUCUACAUGACAGAGCUGAUCGCUAUCACGCAGAAGGCACUGCAGUCCCAGUCCUGGAAGAUGAAGGCUCAGGGUGCAGCUGCCAUGGCAACCGUUGCCAAGGAACAGACGGGCUCAUUGGUGGCACCACACCUUGGCAUGGUGCUAACGGCUUUAAUGCAGGGACUGUCUGGACGCACAUGGGCUGGCAAGGAGGAGCUAUUGAAAGCCAUUGGAUCAGUAGUCUCCAAAUGCAGCACCGAGCUGCAGAAGCCUUGCGCAGGCCAACCCACCAUCUCUGAGGUGCUGGAGGUUGUGUUGAAGGAAUGUCGUAAGGAGAGUCUGGUGUACAAAAUGGCUGCUCUGCGCUGUGCUGGAGACGUGCUUCAAAGCAGCAAGGAGGACCGUUUCAGGGACAUGGCUGAGAUCCUUUUACCUCUGAUCAAGAAGAGCUGCCCAGAGAGUGGUGCUGCGUCACCUAGGUCACGGGAGGAGGAUGAUGAUAGAGAUGUGAAGGAGAAAGAGCUGCAGACAGAAGCGCUGCUCUGUGCUUUUGAGACUCUUGGAAAGGCUUGGCCCAGAAACCCACAGACUCAGGCUUGUUUCCAGGUGGAGGUGUGCAAUCUGAUGUGUGAGAAGCUCAAGCUCAGCACCUGGAAAGUCCAGCUCGGUGUUCUUCAGUCCAUGAAGGCAUACUUCAAAGGGUUAUUGCUGCUAGAGAAAGGCAAUAAAGACUUGAACGCAUUGUCGCAGAUCCUCACAGAGACCUGCGCUGCUCUCACUUACCCUUUAGAAAACAAAAGUUACUCCUCCGUGAGGACAGAGGCCUUGUCAGUUGUGGAUCUGAUCGUAAAGAGAACUGGAGAGAGUGAACAGUGGGACUGUGUGUCUGUGAAGAGCCGGGAGCAGCUUCAGCGCUCCCUGUCAACGCUGCAGUCCGACAGCAGACCUGACCUGAAGGAUAAGGCUCAGGAGCUGCGCAGACACAUACAGAGCCAACCCUGAGCACACACACACGCACACACGCACACACACGCGCGCACACACACGCGCGCGCACACACCACACAC